CGUGCAAAUGUUUUUAGUUCAGAAACUCACCGGCACACUGUAACUUAUCUUGGAUGUUAUGUUAAACAGUAUUGUCCUGGUGAGUUAAAACAUUGCUCGUGAAUAACAUAACAACGCGCGUGGUUUACUUGGCUUUAAAAAUUACAAGUUGUUUGACCAGAAACUAUAAUUCCGCCGAGAACUUCUGCGAAACAAGCAUAGUCGAUAAAAGCAGGCAUGCCUUGUCACGAGGUUGAAAUUCAUGUUUUCCCUCCGCUUAAAGAAGAAACCCAAGACGAUUUGUACAGUCUAACAAGGUUCCCAGACGAUGCAGUGCGUCUACGAAAUCCCCACAUCCAAGAGAUGGAACAAGAUAUACUGUACCACCUGGCACUAGGCUCUGGGUCCCACGACCUGGUAGAAAUGUUCAGUGAUGUGCGAUUUGUCUGCAUGGGAGGAACACCUAAGCGCAUGGAGGGUUUUGCUAACUACAUCAUGGAUGAGAUUGGACACAAGCUACCAGCAGGAACCACCCUCUUGGAUAUUUCCUACCAUUCAUACCGAUACUCCAUGUAUAAGGUUGGACCAGUGCUGUGCUUCUCACAUGGGAUGGGAAUUCCCUCUGUGGGGAUUCUUCUUCAUGAAGUGAUCAAACUUAUGUACCACGCAAAGUGUAAGAACCCAAUCUUCUUCCGACUUGGUACCUGUGGUGGUAUUGGCAUUGAGGGUGGCAACUUGGUGAUUACAGAGAGUGCUGUGGAUGGCAUGAUGCAGCCUUACCUGGAGUUGCCUGUGCUGGGAAAGAUGCAGCGUCGACCAGCUAUCCUGGAUAAGCAGUUAGCUAAUGACCUAAAAAAUCUGCAUUGUGAUACAGAUCCUUUCUCUGUGACUGUUGGAAAGACAAUGUGCACAUAUGACUUCUACGAAGGUCAAGGAAGAUUAGAUGGUGCUUUCUGUGACUACAAGGAAGAGGAUAAGUUGGAAUUCCUGCAGAAAAUUCAUGAUGCUAAUGUUGUUAAUAUGGAAAUGGAAUCUCUGUGCUUUGCUGCCUUGUGCCAACAUGCAGGUAUCAAGGCUGCUGUUAUCUGUGUUACACUUCUCAAUCGCCUCCAUGGAGAUCAGGUGUCCACACCAAAGGAGACUCUCAACAAGUGGCAGGAAUACCCUCAAAUGUUAGUUGCUCGCUACAUAAAGAAGCAAAUUGGACUGCCUUUCGACAUUCCCCAGCGAGAACACCCACAGGUAUAAGCAGGAUGUGACCAGCGAGCAAAAAUUUGGUUCCGUACAAUACAGAGUUCCACUGAGCUAAGAAUGGUGCCGUUUGCAGGGUUCUUGAUUUAUUAUGAGAGCAAAUGAACUAUUUCUCAUGCAGUGUUAUAAGACGAUAGAAUUUCAAACUCUGAACACAGAUGAUGUUUAUUAAACAAUGAUAGCCCUGUAAGUACUGCCAGCAACCCAUGUAAAGGUAUUAUCUAAAAAUAUUGCCAAAAAUCCAGUCUUAUGGUUUUGUUGUGUUAAUUAUUAAUCCUGCCUGUUGAUACAGUAACUGAUAUUAUAAUAUUAUUGUUAAAUGUUGAGUGCUGGUAAUACUAACAGGAUGCUCAACUUAUAAAUACAUUUUGUAUGUCUACAACAGGUGGAAAGUGGAAAAUUAUAAUAAAAAAAAAAAACUUCUUUACUGGCAGCAAACUUCAAGUAACUUUGUUGAUUAAAAUUUGGAAUAAGUCAACCCACAAGACUUUUAGCCAGAACAACAGGUUUUAUGUCUAAACCAAUCUCUGUUUGUGAACCAGAUACACAUAGUAUAAAAAUAACUUAAUAUCACUGCCUCGAUGAAGAGACAUUUCCAAUAGCAUUCCUAGAUUGUGCUACUAGUACAGUACAACUAUCUAAACUUAGCAGUACUGCCGAUAAAUAAAGGUCAUUACAGUGAGUCAGUAUAAUGUUGCACAUCAAGCUUCCCCUUCCAUGAUUUUUGUUUAGUUACUUUAACAUUAAUAUAGUUUUAUGGCCCUUCCAUAGUUCACUCCUAUUCAGGAUGAUGGCUUUGAGAUUAUGUGUAAGUAUUUAAGUCUUAUUUAUGUAUUCAUGUGGCAGGAAGAGGGCUUAAUCAUGUCUAACAAUUUACUACUCAGUCAAAAAUAAUGAAAUAAUUUUUAUCCACCAAUGAUCAGUUUUGUGAGAAAAAAAUCUGGAUAAUUUGCUGAACUGCAACCAGUUACUUGUGAUUUUUUUUCAAUUGGGUGAUUUAAGGGUCAUACUCUUAAAAUAACUUUAUUAUCAGAAAAUUCGAUGCAAAACAGUAUAUUUUCAGUAGUCAGUCAAUAUUUGCACAUUCAUUUGAUAUUACAAAUGGUAAAAUAAAGUCUGAAUUUCAUCACUGCAAUUAUUUAAGAAUGAACACUUGCUAAAAACAAAAUAAGCUUCACAUUAAUGUUGAUUAUCAAACUCAAGAAUUUAGUACUAGUUCCUUAAACGUGAAUUACCAGGACUUCGGGAUAUAUUUGUGAGGUGCAGAAGCCAAAUAGAAAAAGCAUUUGCCUCCCAAUACAAUACAGUAGUCACAAGUUCAAUUCCCUCAACUAGCCACUGAGUAUGGCACCCUCAUUCACAAAUUUUACAGGUAGGGCAGUGAGAGACAGUAGAGGUCAGUGCUGGCCACAAUGUUUCCUUGUGUAUCAAAGGCUCAGUCUUCAGUUCGCUGUACAGUAUCUAUUGUCCUUAACAGGGCAUCUGGCUUAUAGAACCCACUUUCACUUCUCAGAGAAACAAUUCUUAGUAGAUAAUCUCUUGUCCCAAUUUAUGAGUUAGAUCGUGAUUAGUCAAUGUAAGUAUCAUUAAUGGUAACCUUUGUUAUUUGGGACCUAGGUAUGUAAGCUAUGGGUUUUAACUGUGAGAAAUAUACAUGGGUGGAAGAAAUAAAAAUAAAGCUGCAUGAAUAAAUAAUUAUUAAGAUGGUAUGUUGAUGAAGAUGAACAAUUUGAGAUUAUAAAACAUUUGACAAUACUUGAGAGAAAUAUUAGAAAGAGUUGAAGGGUAAAGUGGUCUCACAUGAGACAACUGUACCUGUAAUGUGCAAGAAUCUUGUAUGGUGGAAGUACACUACCUUCAGUGUGAGAGUGAAGACAGUGCCUCAUCAAAGUGUCCAUUGUGAAUGAGGAUGAAGCAGUGUAGUGAUGUACAAGAACUGCACUUUUCAUCCUUUCAGAAGAAACUUAGGUUUCAUGUAUACUGUAUAUAAAUAAUAUUUGAGCCUUGAUACUAUUUGAUCCACUUCACAGAAAUGACAUGAAAUUAAGAAUAACAAAGAUACUGUAAAUGGUUAGUUAAAGAGUAGAAACAAACUCUAGAUUAUUUUUUUUUAAUUUACUAGACCAGUAAAUUACUGUAUUUAUUAUUUAAAGUUAUCUUGAAAAAAUUAAAUGCUGUACAUUCAGGUACUGUACUGACUUCAUGAAGUGAAACCUACAGUUCCAGUCAGCAUUUGGUAAUCUGAUUGUACAUACUGGUAACUAAACCUAUGAUAUCUAUGUACAAUUGGAUUUUAUUCUUGUGAUUAACUGCAUAUCAAAUACUGUACUACAUUACAUGUAGUCUUUGAGUACAGGAGUGCUUUGAUUUGCGAAAAUUCAAUGAUCCCAAAAAAUUAAUAAAAAAUAGUUCCGGUGCCGAGUUGCUGACACAGGCAUCUGAGAGCAUCCAGUGCUGAACACGUGUAGUAAGCAGUGUACUGUAGUGCAGGGUAGUGUGUGGCAUUGUUUCUGUGCUUAUAUAUAUACAGGUACAGUAAACACACAGAUAAUGUGUCAUAUUUAGGUGUUACUGUUUAUGUAUUGAUCUAAAAGUAUGGCUAACCAACCACUAAAUAAGAGGCAGAAUUUUAUAACUGAUUAGUGCUUCAAUUUUCUUGAUAUGAAGGAAAAAAUUUAUGAAUCUAGGCCUCACAUACAUACUAACAAGAACAUGAAUAUAAUAAACUUGAUACUGUACUUCAUUAUUAAUGUUAUUAUGGUUAAUACAUAAUGCUUAGAAGUAUUUUUUCUUAGGAACACAUCUCCAUUUAUAUAAUGGUAGUCGAUGCAAAAAAUGUCUAAUAUUUACAAAAAAAUUAUUUACAACAGGUUUCCAUGAAUGUAUAAUAAAUCCUUUUCAUAUAUCGAAGCACUCCUGUACUGUAUAAGCUCAAUGUAAAGGCUAGUGAAGCUUUUUCUAAAUUUGAAACAGUCAGGGACAGCAUAAGCAAAUUGAUUUGUUAUGUUUCUGAUAAAACUUUCCCGUCCUUUCUCAAGUGGACCAUGGAUCAUCUCGCUUCAUUAAUGUCACCCCAUUCAUCAGCAGAAUAUGAAGUUUACUUGGUGAAAAGAGAUUGUAAUCUUCACUGUCAUGCUUUUUAUUUGUCUACUUUUCAUUAAUCUAAUAUAUCAAAAUAUAAUUUAUAUUUUUUUAACAGAUUGGGGUUGAACCACAUCUGUGGUAGAGGCACCAUCUUCUUUAAUAUUAGUUUUACAUUAUCCUACUGAGGGAUUAAUGUUUAUUGCAGUAUUAUUUUUUUAUGUAAUAACCUAUCAUUCAUUAAGAUUUUAUUAUUUCGAGUAAUGUGUCAAAAAUGGACCAACUCUAUUUGAUAUCCAUUCAUGUACAGUACUGUCAUAUAGCAAAUAAAAAAGUUUGUAGGA